AAACGAUAUCAACUUUGAUGAAAUCGAAAAAGCCGCCAAAGCUGAUGAUGAACGCAUGAAAUUACAAAAGAAUUCUACUGUAACUUAUAAAAAAAAUGAGGAAGCCAUUGAAGAGCAUUUUGAAAAGAUAUCUAAACAACUGAACGCAAAUAUUGAGGCCAAGAAAAAGUAUUUGGAUCCCCAACAGCAAUCGACGCUGGACCGUUUAGGCAUGCGAGUUUCCGGCUUGUCUGUUGGCCACAAAAAUGCCCAUUUCGCCACUUCUAAUAUGACCAUAAUCCCCACUCCGGAUGCCGAAUACCGGACGCCACGUGAUCUGUUUGAUGACUUCUCUUCUCAAAGUUCGGAAGGCGAUAAUGAACUUCUUUAUAACUUUACUUCGGCGUACUCCGAUUAUCUGUACACUCCUUCGUAUGACGAACGAGAAGUUUAUUACGAUUCAGUAGAGCAGGAAAAACCCGAUCUUUUUAUUAAUCAAGGAAAAGCUACUUCGCAUGGAUUUAAUAGAAAUAAUAAUAUUAACGCAAAUAUUGAACUGAAUAAACCUAUAAAAACUCGAGAAAGUUGGAGCGGUCGUGAAAGGGCCAAUCAAAGUGUUACUUCUAGCGAAUCGGAAUCAAUUACUGCCAAAUUCGGUAAUGCCAAGUCCAUUUCCAGCGAAGCGUUUAACACAUCCCAUCGUUAUGUAGCAGAUAGUGCUCAAUUACGCCAAUAUGAUGGUGCCAAAUCGUUAUCUUCCGCUCAACUGUUUGGAAUUGAAGAAGAAACAAGACUAUCAAGCAAUAAAUACGAUUCUUUAAAAAUUGCAGCAGUAGAGUUCGCUGAGAAAGUUAGUUCUAGCGGUGCUGGUCUUGCAGAAAACGUUGCCCAAAAGGUUUCUACUUAUGUUAGGAAAUGGCAAGACUACUUCUGAACUUUAUACAUUCUU